CAGGGGCUCCGGGGCGGGGCCCGAGGCCGCAGCCAUUUCCCUCUCCCCUAGUCCCCACGCUAGGUGCUACAGACGCUGAGGUUAAGGUGGUAGGUUGAAGCGGAUCACUGUACACGGGCAGCAGACCUGGGGGCGGGGAGUACGAGUCUAAAUUGCAGCUCGUGAGGGCGCAUGCGUCCCGGGACGUAGUGGCGGGAGCGGGAAUAGGUCAGUGGUGCGGACAAUCGCGCAUGCGCAAUUGCACUUGAGGCUGAGGCACGUAGGUAGCUGCGCAGUGGGUUUACAGGUCGUGCUGCGAUCUAGUGCGGGAGCGGGUACCGCCAUGGCCUCCGGCGCUAAGUCCUUCCUGGCAGAUGCGGGCUACGGCGAGCAAGAGCUGGAUGCUAACUCCGCCCUUAUGGAGCUGGACAAAGGCCUCAGGUCUGGAAAACUUGGGGAGCAAUGUGAAGCUGUUGUCCGUUUUCCCAGGCUCUUUCAGAAAUAUCCAUUCCCCAUUCUCAUUAAUUCUGCAUUCCUAAAACUGGCUGAUGUUUUUAGAGUUGGAAAUAACUUUUUGAGGCUGUGUGUCUUGAAAGUUACUCAGCAGAGUGAAAAGCAUUUAGAGAAGAUCCUGAAUGUGGAUGAGUUUGUGAAAAGAGUUUUCUCUGUAAUUCAUAGCAAUGAUCCAGUUGCUCGAGCAAUCACACUCAGGAUGUUAGGGAGUAUGGCAUCCAUAAUCCCAGAAAGGAAGAAUGCACAUCACAGUAUUCGCCAAAGCCUGGAUUCCCAUGAUAAUGUUGAAGUUGAAGCUGCUAUAUUUGCUGCUGCUAACUUUUCUGCACAGUCAAAGGAUUUUGCUGGAGGAAUAUGUAACAAAAUCAGUGAAAUGAUUCAGGGCUUAGCUACUCCAGUGGACUUAAAGCUGAAGUUGAUCCCCAUACUACAGCACAUGCACCAUGAUGCCAGCCUGGCUUCUAGCUCCCGUCAGCUUCUCCAACAGCUGGUAACAUCCUAUCCUUCCACCAAGAUGGUCAUUGUUACUCUCCACACCUUUACCUUGCUUGCUGCUUCCUCUUUGGUGGACAUACCCAAACAGAUUCAACUUUUGCUGCAAUACUUGAAAAAUGAUCCCAGGAAAGCUGUGAAACGACUUGGUAUCCAAGAUCUAAAGUUAUUGGCAAACAAAACCCCACAUACCUGGAGCAGACAGAACAUUCAGGCACUCUGUGAAUGUGCUCUUCAAACUCCUUAUGACAGCUUGAAACUAGGCAUGCUUUCUGUUCUUUCCACGCUAUCAGGGACCAUUGCCAUCAAACAGUACUUCAGCAUAGCUCCAGGAACAACUGCUACAGCAGCAAUAUCGUUUGACUUAGUAAAGCUGGCACAGGAAUGCUGUUACCAUAAUAACCGUGGCAUUGCUGCUCACGGAGUGAGAGUUCUGACUAAUAUAUCUGCUUCUUGCCAGGAAAAAGAUCUCCUGGGUUUGGAACAAGAUGCUGUCUUUGGCCUUGAGUCUCUCUUAGUUCUUUGUAGCCAAGAUGGUAGUCCAGGUGCUCAAGCAACCUUAAAGAUUGCACUGACUUGUAUGGUGAAGCUGGCCAAGUGUCGUCCACAUCUAAGCCAGUCAGUGGUUGAGUCCUUGCUGACUCAGUUGCACAGUGCUCAGGAUGGUGCUAGAAUUCUCAUGUGCCACUGUUUGGCAGCAAUUGCCAUGCAGCUGCCUGUCUUAGGUGAUGGAAUGCUGGGAGAUCUAAUGGACCUCUAUAAAGUGAUUGGACGAUCUGCCACAGAUAAACAACAGGAACUUCUGGUAUCACUCGCCACAGUGAUAUUUGUUGCCAGUCAAAAAGCUUUAUCUUCAGAGAUUAAAAACGUUAUCAAACAACAGCUUGAGAAUGUCUCCAAUGGAUGGACAGCAUACAGGAUAGCCAGACAAGCAUCCAGAAUGGGUAAUCAUGACAUGGCCAGAGAGCUGUAUCAAAGCCUGCUGACUCAAGUGGCUUCAGAACACUUCUACUUUUGGCUCAACAGUUUGAAGGAAUUCUCCCAUGCAGAACAGUGUCUGACAGGGCUUCAGGAGGAAGAUUAUAGUUCAGCACUCGCUUGUAUUGCCGAAUCCUUAAAAUCUUAUCACAAAGGAAUAGCUUCACUAACGGCUGCCAGCACACCACUUAACCCUCUGAGCUUUCAAUGUGGGUUUGUGAAGCUCAGGAUUGAUGUUUUGCAAGCAUUCUCUCAACUCAUCUGUACCUGUAACAGCCUAAAAACUAGUCCUCCACCUGCCAUUGCCACAACAAUUGCAAUGACAUCAGGAAAUGACCUCCAGAGGUGUGGGCGCAUCUCUAACCAGAUGAAACUCUCUAUGGAAGAAUUCCGUAACCUGGCCACACGAUAUGGGGAUCUGUAUCAGUCAUCUUUCGAUGCAGACUCAGCAACUUUAAGGAAUGUAGAAUUACAACAGCAGAGCUGCCUACUGAUUUCACAUGCAAUUGAAGCCCUGAUUUUGGAUCCAGAAUCUGCCAGUUUUCAGGAAUGCAGCUCAAGUGGAGCAGUGCAUGUUGACAGUGAAUAUGAAAGAAGAAUGAUGUCUGUAUUUAAUCAUGUGUUAGAGGAAGUAGAAUCAUUGAACAGGAAAUAUGCUCCUGUGUCCUACUUGCACACAGCUUGCCUUUGCAAUGCAGUCAUUGCCUUGCUGAAAGUUCCCCUUUCAUUUCAAAGGUAUUUUUUUCAAAAAUUGCAAUCUACAAGUAUUAAGCUUGCUCUGUCACCAUCUCCAAGGAAUCCUGCAGAGCCUAUUGCGGUACAAAACAAUCAACAACUUGCCUUAAAGGUGGAAGGAGUGGUUCAGCAUGGCUCCAAACCAGGCCUCUUCCGCAAAAUUCAGUCUGUCUGUCUAAAUGUAUCUUCAACGCUGCAGAGCAAAUCUGGACAGGACUACAAGAUCCCUAUUGACAACAUGAUCAAUGAGAUGGAGCAGAGGGUGGAACCACACAACGAUUAUUUCAGCACUCAGUUUCUGUUGAACUUUGCAAUUCUUGGCACCCAUAAUAUCACGGUAGAGUCUUCUGUAAAAGACUUAAAUGGCAUUGUUUGGAAGACUGGGCCAAAAACCACCAUUUUUGUUAAAUCUCUUGAGGAUCCCUACUCCCAACAAGUUCGUCUUCAACAACAGCAAGGACAACCGCCAUUGCAGCAGCAGCAAAGAACAGCAUAUUCACGUUUUUAGUUAUGAAGAGUACCAUUAACUUUCAUGGGGCUGGACUACAGGCAUCUCACUUUUCUUGGAUCCAGUGUCUUUGAUAAAUGAGCAGACACAAUGAGUGCCCCUGACUGCCAUUUCCUGAGGAGUGUGCAUUCUAGUGUUUGGGCUCUCAGGUCACCUGCUAAGAGUCUGGAUAGUUGAAUACAGAACAAAACAGUUACAUAGGGUGGGUGUCUCGUAAUGUGAAGCUGUUUUCAAGAAUGUCCAGACAUCUUACAGGAUGAUUAUUGUAGUAAUUUUGGUGUUUGUCAAGCUGAAAAAUAUUGUGGUAGCAUUCCAGCCAACAUCGUUGUAGUUAAUAUGUGCACAGGCUUGUGUCUGCUCAUUUAUACUCUUGUGGUCCCACCAGUUUCCGUCUCUAUAUUAGUGCCACUAUUGUUGCACUUAAGCUAGUCCUAUGGACCACACUUUGGCUGUGUCCACACUACAAGCUAUAGAGUUGUGUUUCCCAUUUUUCAUACACAUUCACUCUGACUUGAUGAGGUGGCUUAAGAGUGAACAGUAGUAUUGCCAUAGUAGCAUGGUUUAACCAUACUGAGUACAGACUGCCUGAAUGUCACGGGUGUAUGUACUGAGGAUGUCUUAGCCAUCUUGCCAGUGCCUAUGCUAUUGUGGCUACACUGCUGUUUUAUACUCAUGCUGCACUUAUCACUUAAAAUAUGCAUACACUAGCUGGGAAGUGCACCCAUGGUCCCAAUGCAGACAGCCUCAGUCCUGGUAUAAAUAGAGACCACUUGGGUUGUCUGGAGUUCCAAAUUUUUUAUACUGGGUCUACAGUUUGCCCUCCCUGCUGUGUAUUUUCCAAGACCAAUGACAGCAGUGUUUUAGGGAAAUAGCCAGUAGAGCGGUCUCUGAGAAUUGUGGAUAGAACCCUACAAGCGUAUCAGUUCUGCAGUGCCCCUGACUGCCAUUUCCUGAGGAGUGUGCAUUCUAGUGUUUGGGCUCUCAGGUCACCUGCUAAGAGUCUGGAUAGUUGAAUACAGAACAAAACAGUUACAUAGGGUGGGUGUCUCGUAAUGUGAAGCUGUUUUCAAGAAUGUCCAGACAUCUUACAGGAUGAUUAUUGUAGUAAUUUUGGUGUUUGUCAAGCUGAAAAAUAUUGUGGUAGCAUUCCAGCCAACAUUGUUGUAGUUAAUAUGUGCACAGGCUUGUGUCUGCUCAUUCUUGUGCCUCUGUAUGUACUUACCUUGAAGGGAUGCCAACUGGAGAACAGAGAAACUGCUGCUUUUUAAAGUGUAAGUGAAGCUUCAGUGUUGAGAACAAAUAUGAUUGCUUGUGCCUCCUCAGAUAGGAGAAUAGAAAUGGCUAUUUUGUUUCAACUUUAUCUGCUUUUGCAGGACUUUGUUUACUUGUAUAUAUUUGAAAAGAGAUCAGAUUAAUUUGUAAAUCUGUUUAAUAUUGUAAGUAGGGCACUUAGUAGCACUAGAGUUUUGGCAUUUAAUAAAUCUAUUCUUUAGCCA